UGCGCGGCGGCUCGCGCCCGACUUUCCAGACUGGGUCGCGUCGCGCCGCGGAGAGGAUGGACGCGGCGGGGGACGCCGGGACCCCCGAGGCCGGCGAGCUCCGGCCGCUGAAGCCGUGUCUGCUGCUUCGCAACCACAGCCGCGAGCAGCACGGCGUGGCGGCCUCGUGCCUGGAGGAGCUGAGGAGCAAGGCCUGCGACAUCCUGGCCAUUGACAGGUCCCUGGCGCCCGUCAGCCUGGUCCUGGCGGAGGACGGCACCGUUGUGGACGACGACGACUACUUCCUGUGCCUGCCCUCCAACACCAAGUUUGUGGCGCUGGUCGGGGACGAGAAGUGGACAUACAGCAACUCAGACGGAGGCACGGCCUGGAUCUCCCAGGAGUCCUUUGACGAAACGGACAGUGGGGUCGGGCUGAGGUGGAAGAACGUGGCCCAGCGGCUGAAGGACGAUCUUUCCAGCAUCAUCCUCCUGUCCGAGGAAGAUCUCCAGGUGCUCAUCGACGCCCCCUGCUCGGAGCUGGCGCUGGAGCUGAGCCAGAGCUGCGCGUCGGCGCGCGGCCUGCAGGAGGCGCUGCAGCGGGCGCUGGACCAGAGGGAGGAGGCGCGCCAGUCCCGGCAGCUGCUGGAGCUGUACCUGCAGGCGCUGCAGAAGGAGGGCUGCGUGCUGGCCCCGCCCCCAGAGCCCAGAGGCGCCGAGGAGGCGGACACGGUGGACACGGGCGCCUGCCCCGAGAGCCGGCCGGGGCCUGUCCUCCCCGGCCAGCUGCUCGCCGCCCUGCGCGAGAAGGCGGCCCCGGAGCUGAGCCUGUCCAGCCAGGACCUGGAGCUGGUCACCAAAGAAGACCCCCGCGCCCUGGCCGCGGCCCUGGGGUGGGCCGUGGAGAAGACAGAGGCCGUGCAGCAGGCCUGCGCCCAGGAGUUGGAUGAGCGCCUGCAGCAGCUGCAAACCCUGCACGCCCUCAGGAGCGUCUCUGCCCGGCAGGACCCGCCCCCCGGCCAGCCCCGGGACCCCAAACGUGCCCGGCCGGACCCCACCUAGCUCCAGCUGGGAGGAGCCCGAAAGCCCCGUCGCCUUGCUUUUUGUUAUCAAUAAAUCAUUUCUGCCUCGUUUUA